GUCCCACUUACUAGUCAAUUGCUGAUCCCUUUGUUUCUUUUGUCUUUUUCCUUUCCCCCCUUUGAUGAUGAAAUGGACGCUGUAGAGCGCGAAAACUCCGACCGACAAAAACGUUGGGUCAAGGAGCAAAAAGUUGGAGAGGGAACUUAUGCUGUAGUCUACAGAGGAAGAGAGUUCGCCACUGGUCGGAAGUGUGCAAUAAAGAAAAUCAAGGUUGGCCAAUUCAAAGAUGGGUUGGACAUGUCCGCAAUACGAGAGGUGAAAUAUUUAAGAGAAUUGAAGCACCGGAAUGUAAUCGAGUUGUUAGACGUAUUCUCCUCGAAAACGAACCUAAAUCUUGUGCUCGAAUUUCUCGAUUCUGAUCUCGAAAUGAUCAUUAAGGACAGAACACUCGUAUUCCUUCCUGCAGAUAUCAAAAGCUGGAUGGCCAUGACCUACCGGGGACUCGAGUUCUGUCACCGAAAUUUCGUAUUGCACAGGGACCUCAAACCCAACAAUCUGCUUAUUGCUGCGAAUGGAGAACUGAAAAUAGCUGAUUUCGGUCUGGCGCGCGACUUCGCGGAUCCUGGAUUCAAGAUGACUUGCCAGGUCAUUACUCGCUGGUAUCGUCCACCAGAAUUACUCUUCGGAUCUCGGUACUACAGCUCUGCUGUAGACAUUUGGUCUGUCGGUUGCAUCUUCGCUGAACUCAUGCUGCGAACACCAUACCUCGCUGGUGAAAGUGACAUGGACCAGCUCAAAACUAUUUUCCGCGCGCUAGGAACACCUACCGAACAAGAUUGGCCCGGUCAUACCAAGCUCCCAGAUUAUGUUCCAGUCGGCCAGUUCCCCAAAACACCGCUUCGAGAUCUUUUCACAGCAGCUUCUGCGGAUGCCCUGAAUCUUCUCAGUCGAUGCCUCGUGUACGAACCCAGGAAGCGAAUAUCUUCAAUUGAGGCACUCAACCAUCCAUACUUCACUGCCAUGCCCUAUCCCACCCAUCCGUCUAAGCUACCUAAAAUAUCCAAACAACCAUCCAGGCCAUUAGACGAGGUGGAUGGGAACGCAGAUCCGGCUUCCACUGGGCCAGGUGUUAAAGCGGCUCCUCCAAAAGGGCGAUUAAAGCGAAAGUUGACAUCCCCGAAUGAUUCGGAUUCCAAGGCCCGUUCGAUUGCGCGCAAACUGGAUUUCACCAAGCAAGUCAACAGUCCUUGA